AGCAGAUCCAGGAGCUGAAGACGAUCACUCGGCUCCAGGGUGAGCCGCCCCCAGGGGACCACCCUGCCUGGCCCCUCCCUGGGCUCAGAGGCUCUCAGAUUUAACACAGGGCCAGUCCAGGGCAAACAAGGGCUAGUGGCCACCCCCCCAAACAGACCUACGAGAAGGGACCAAAGGGACUGCCACGCAGGGGGCUUCAAAGAGAUGUGUGAGCACUGCGAGCCCCAAAGCUGGAGGAGACAGGAAAGGACCCACCUGUUUCUCUGGCCCGUGGGUCUGGAAGGGAUCCCAGGAUGUGCCCCGCACAGCCACCCCCAUAAGCACCGUUGAGCCAGGAAGCCCAUGACUCUGAGCAGUGGGGGGAAGGACUGUACCGUGGGAUCAGCGUUCUCCUGCCUGCCCCACCUCGGACAGCCCUGGUGUGGAGCCCCCUUGGCUCGGGGACCCAGACCCACCCACAUCCUGGCCCCCUGGCCCUCUGCCCCUCCGCCCCCACCCCCCACCCCAGAGCAAUGCCGGGCACUGCAAAUCCAAGCGGUAAAGGAGAAGACGGCCAAGAACAAAAGCACGCUGGCCCUCCUGCGCAGCGGCAUCCGUCGUGGGACCCAAGACUGGGCUUUGGCCGAAAAGUAUGACCAGCGGACCAUUUCCAAGGCUUGCAGGAAGGACGUGUCCAUGAGGCUGGCCCACGGCCGCUCCACCAUGGAGGUGGCGCGGGAGAAGCUGCGAAAGUACGUGUUCGACCGCGUGAACGUACACAACGUGCUGAUCCACCUGGUGCGGCGGCGGGGUCAGAAGCUGGAGAGCAUGCAGCUGGAGCUGGCCAGCCUGAGGAGCCAGCCGGCCGCCACCAAGGAGGAGCUGCACCUGCUGCAGGUCAUCCGCCAGCUGGAGAACAACAUUGAAAAGACCAUGGUCAAGAUCACCACAAGUCAGAACAUCCACCUGCUGUACGUGGGCCUGCUGGACUACCUGAAGAAAGAGCUGACCGGGUACCCCAUGGAGCUGGACAAGCUGCAGAAUCUGGUGGACGACUACUGCUCAGAGCUGUCAGACAUGACAGUCAUGUCCCAGGACGCUAUGAUGAUUACAGAUGAGGUCAAGAUGAACAUGCGGCAAGGGGAGGUGACUUUCAUCCAGGAACGCAGGGCUCGCGAGAACCGGCUCAAUCAGCAGAAAAAGCUGAUUGACAAGAUCCACACGAAGGAGACCAACGAGAAGUACCGCCGGGGCCGGCUGGACCUGGACUUCCCCUCCAAUCUCAUGGGUACAGAGACCGUGAAAGUAAGAAAAAGGGAGACCUCCAAGGCAGACAUGAAGUACCAGACAGAUGUGACCGCUUUGGUGGAGAAAGUGAAGACGGCAGUGCGGUGCUCCCACCUCUGGGACAUCGCUGGCCGGUUCCUGGCUCAGAGGAACACCGAGGAGAACCUGGAGCUGCAGACGGAGGACUGUGAGGGGCGGCGGGCGAGGCUAGAGGCUCUGAUGAAGAAGCUGGAAGUGGAGCAGGCGAUCCUGAAGUUCCGAGAGACGCCCGCCUCCACCAGCUUCAAGUCCGUGGAGAAGCGAAUGAAGGACAUGCUGAGCGAAGAGGAAGACCGACUGCGGCUAGCCUACGCCAGCACUGCCAAGAGCCAGAAACUGCUGCUGACCGUCCAGACAGGCAUCGACAACCUCUUCAUCCGGCUGAUUGGCAUUGCCCUGCCCACAGCCCAGAAAGAAGUGGCGCUCUCCGACAGCCUCGACAUGUUCGGCAAGCUGGCGUACUGCGAAGCGAAGCUGCUGCACCUGGCCGACAGAGUGCAGACGCUGUCCAUCACCGAGGAGGUAGACACAAAGGUGAGGGAUACCCUAGAGACCUCGACUCUGAAGGAGAAGUACAACACCAGGGUCAGCUUUGAGGACCUGGAGGACGAUAUGAUAGAGACCUUCCAGUUCGCGGACGUGGACCACAGCUACGUGCCCUCGCGCGCCGAGAUCAAGCGGCAGGCCCAGCGGCUGCUGGAGGGCCGGCUCAAGGCGGCCAAGAAGAAGAAGAAGUAGC